CCAGCCUACGCGGAAGUGAGCAGUGGCGAUCAUGGCAGCGGCCUCAUCAACCUAGCAGCAGGAAGAGGAUGUUUGCUUCCAGCGAAACACUAACAACACCCGCUGUAACGCCUGUGUAACAGAGCGAAGCGUCACCGGGAUUUUCCGCAGAGUCCGCUGGGUUUCACUCCGCGCCUUUCGUCGCCUGGACCCGGGGCCUCUGCGAGCCGGAAACGGGUCACUUGAGAUAAGAUGUCCCUGUUCCAGUCGGCACUGGAUUUCCUAGCCGGGCCCGGCUCGCUGGGGGCGGCCAGCCGGGACCAGAACGACUUCGUCGGACAGGUCGUGGAGCUCGGCGACAUGAAGCUGAGGAUCAAGAGGGUGAUCGCGGAAGGUGGUUUUGCUUUUGUUUAUGAAGCCCAGGACAUGAGCAGCGGUAAAGACUAUGCCCUCAAGAGGCUGCUGUCCAACGAGGAAGAGAAGAACAAGGAAAUCAUACAGGAAGUCUGCUUCAUGAAAAAGCUGUCCGGUCACCCCAACAUGGUCCAGUUCUGCUCGGCUGCCUCCAUCAGUAAGGAGGAGUCUGACACCGGGCAGGCCGAGUUCUUGAUCCUCACCGAGUUGUGCAAAGGUCAGCUGGUGGACUUCAUCAAGCGGGUGGAGCAGAGGGCUCUUCUGUCGUGUGACACCGUGCUGAAAAUCUUCUACCAGUCGUGUCGCGCCGUGCAGCACAUGCACAAGCAGAAGCCCCCGAUCAUACACCGGGACCUCAAGAUUGAGAACCUCUUGAUUAGUAACCAGGGCACCAUCAAGCUGUGUGACUUUGGCAGCUCCACCACCGUGUCGCAUUACCCCGACUACAGCUGGUCGGCACAGAAGAGGUCCAUGGUGGAGGAUGAGAUCACAAGGAACACCACUCCGGCGUACCGAACGCCAGAGAUGAUUGAUCUCUACUCCAACUUCCCCAUCAAUGACAAACAGGACAUCUGGGCGCUGGGGUGCAUCCUCUACCUGCUGUGUUUCAAGCAGCACCCGUUCGAGGACGGGGCCAAGCUGCAAAUCGUCAACGGAAAAUACUCCAUCCCUCAGAACGACGUCAAGUACACCGUGUACCACAACCUCAUCCGUUCCAUGUUGAAAGUGAACCCAGAGGAGCGUCUGUCCAUUACAGAGUUGGUCAACCAGCUCCAGGAGAUAGCAGCCGCACGCAACGUCAACCCCAAGUCCCCCAUUACCGAGCUGCUGGAGCAGAACGGAGGUUUCGGCAACAACGGAGCCCAGCCGCCCACGCAGAUCCACAACGCGCAGAACAACUCAGGCACAUACGACCCCGAUCAGGCCGGCAGCGGGAUCUUGGACAUCUUAAGGGGAGGAACGGAGCGCUUCCUGACCAACAUAAAGGACACUUCCUCUAAAGUCAUCCAGUCAGUGGCCAGCAACCCGAGCUACGCCAAAGGGGACCUAGAUAUUUCGUACAUCACCUCCAGAAUAGCAGUCAUGUCCUUUCCAGCAGAGGGGGUGGAGUCAGCGAUCAAGAACAACAUUGAGGACGUCCGUCUGUUCCUGGACUCGCGUCACGCCGGCCACUACGCCGUCUACAACCUCUCCAAGCGCUCCUACAGGCCGUCUCGAUUCCACAACAGGGUUUCAGAGUGCAACUGGCAAGUGCGCCGCGCCCCCAACCUCCGCAGCCUUUACAGUGUGUGUAAGAACAUGCAUUUGUGGCUCAAGCAAGACCAGCGGAACAUCUGUAUAGUACACUGUCUGGACGGCAGGGCGGCGUCGGCGGUGGCCGUUUGCUCCUUCCUGUGUUUCUGUCGCCUCUUCACCACAGCCGAGGCCGCCGUCUACAUGUUCUCCAUGAAGCGCUGCCCGCCGGGCAUAGCGCCCUCACACAAGAGGUACAUAGAGUACAUGUGCGACAUGAUGGCAGAGGAGCCAAUCGUCCCCCACAGCAAACCCAUCAUGGUUCGCUCCAUCGCCAUGACGCCCUUGCCGCUGUUCAACAAGCAGCGCAGCGGCUGCCGGCCGUUCUGCGAGGUUUACGUCGGGGACGAGAGAGUCCUCACCACGUCGCAGGAGUACGACAAGAUGAGGGAUUUCAAGAUGGAGGACGGAAGAGCAGAGAUUCCCCUCAAUGUGACGGUCCAAGGAGAUGUGCUGGUGGUGAUCUACCAUGCAAGAUCUACACUGGGUGGACGCCUACAGGCCAAGAUGGCGUCAAUGAAGAUGUUUCAGAUCCAGUUCCACACAGGUUUCGUCCCCCGAAACGCCACCACCGUCAAGUUUGCCAAGUACGACCUGGAUGCCUGUGACAUCCAGGAGAAGUACCCGGACCUGUUCCAGGUCACCUUGGACAUCGAGGUGGAACCCAGAGACAGACCGAGCACCAAGACUCCUCCUUGGGAGGGCUUCCAAAACAAGGGCCUCAACCCCAAAAUCCUCUUCUCGUCUCGCGAUGAGCAGCAGGAGGUCCUCAGCAAAUUUGGUAAGCCAGAGUUGCCUCGUCAGCCAGCAUUUUAUGACUCCGAGUCCCCCCAGCCGGCUCAGACCCCGGAGGGCUCCAAUGCAACAGAACCAGAAUCUCCUGGCAGCACCGAUGGCAACGCCAACAACUUCUUCCAGACACUGGAUUGGGAAGAUGUGAGUGGCCUUCAGGAUUCCGCGGACAGUCAAGGAGGGGGAUCGAUGAAUGACCCGGAGGACCUAAGUGACCAGUCAGAGGGAGAGUCCUACUCUUACUCCGCCCCCGGUGGGGAGCCGCUGUCACGUGACCCCAGCGAACCGCUGUUUGAUGCUGACUUCCAGAGCGCCCCACCUGCAGCCCAGGAGUCUCCUAUCGGGGACACAGCUGACCUACUGGGGUUGAACUCUGACCCGUCGGUGUCGUCGACCUCCUCCUCCUCUGCAGCUCAUCCAGGAGUCCAGGCAGGAAUCAAAGCUGCAUCCAGCAACAGCGACCUCCUCAACGACCUGUUUGCCCCCCCUGCUGGUCAGACGGCAGCAGCGCAGGAGGACUUGUUCUACGGUGGGCCGCCGGGCGGGGCCACACCGGACUCCAAACCCGCCGGCGACCUGUUUGACCCGUUUGGGAUGGGGUCUGGCUCCGGUGCGGGCGUCACUGUGGGUUCCUCUCGACAGGCCUCCGGACCGGAUCUGUUUGGAGACCUGUUGGGUUCUGACCGCUCUGCCCCCAGUAACCCUGCCCCUGCUUCCAACGCGAGUCUCUUCAACCUCAAUAAACCAGUGAACGAUCCUCCUAAGAUGACCUCAUCAGCCAGCCAGCCGGACCUGCUGGGCGGGUGGGACAGCUGGGCAGCGAGCACCACCGCCAGCAUGAGCGCCUCCGCCAGCAAACCCAGCUACACCAGCACAGCUUCGGGUGGUGCAUCUAUGUCCAAGGCCAAGUCUCAGACCUUUGACCCCUUUGCUGACCUGGGAAACCUGGGUUCCAACUUACCAGCUUCCUCCAACGGCAAUUUUUCGGAGCCAAAAGCCAAAGCUCCGUCCUCCUCCACUAAAGCUCAAGCACAGCCCUGGCAGGCCGGAAGACCCGCCUCCGCCCAGAAAAAACCUUGGCUGCCCGGAUCAGGACCCGGGACAGCGCCUAAAGCAUCCUCUGCCUCUCAGGCUGCAGGUCCGCAGCACACGAAACCCAACUACAACCUCAACUUCUCCAGUGUCAUCGGCGGGAGAGAGGACCGAGGGGUUCGGGGGCCUAGUUUCGGCGCCAAGCCGAAGGUAAAGGAGGAUGAUUUUGAGGACCUGCUGUCCACUCAGGGUUUUGCCUCCCGGCCGGAUAGGAAGGGACCAAGAACCAUCGCCGAAAUGAGGAGACAGGAGAUCACGAAGGACAUCGAUCCACUUAAAUUGCAGAUCUUGGACUGGAUUGAGGGGAAGGAGCGAAACAUCCGAGCGCUGCUGUCCACUCUAAACACUGUGCUGUGGGAGGGGGAGACCCGCUGGAGGCCCGUGGGCAUGGCCGACUUGGUGACUCCCGACCAGGUGAAGAAGUACUACAGGAAGGCCGUGCUGAUAGUCCACCCGGAUAAGGCGACGGGCCAACCUUACGAACAUUACGCUAAGAUGAUCUUCAUGGAAUUGAACGACGCCUGGUCAGAGUUCGAGAACCAGGGUUCCAAAGCACUCUUCUAAAACCCUAGUCUGGACCCCAGCUGGACCGGACUGGAGUUAGAGUUGGCCUAACCAAACACGGGUUAGACUGGGCCGGAUUGGGCAGGACUGAGCCCACAUUGGGCCUUGGGGGACACCGGUCCUCUGAGAGGUGUCCUCUCAUUCCCUUCACUCCCUUCUUCACUUUCAUCUGUUUCUACAGUCAAGGAAAAAGACCUUUGUCAUGUCGGCUCAUGUCCGGCUGGAGGGAAAACGUCCCCACUGGUUCGGAACCGGCCAGUAAAAUAAACAUUGUGAUAGUUGUUAAACUCACUGCCUACCUGUACGACUGCCUGAGUGGUGCUGCAAACACCUGGAGGGAAGAACGGGUGACAAUCACAUGAAGAGGACGGCACGGGCGAGAAAUCCGAUUACACAGGCUGGUUAUCUUAAGCGGUGGUGUUCACACGAAGAUUCCACGACCCCACACUAAUGUAACGCUGGUAAGUUCCGCCCCCGGGCCGCUGGGUUUGUCAUCGGUGCCUGGCACUUCUGCAAACAACCAGUCCUUUUGCCGACCGACCGCGGCCGUACGUUUUACAGCAUGCCGAGCGAUCCGGAAGUAUUGUUUUUACGCUUUGUGGCCUCGAAGAAUAGCGAAUGUUGCAGAUGAACCGAUGGACGAAAAGCAAAAGGACCUCUGACCCUGCCUCUUAACCACGGCGCAGGAUCCAAACCUCCCGCAGGAUUUUGGAGACCGAUCUGUUGAUGCCCGUUCCUUGUCUGAAGUGCUGCAGCUGCACCUUUUUGGGGGGGGUCCGCUGGGUUUGUUGUCGAGCCGUUCCUCCGCCAGAAAGACGAGACUAUUGCCUGCCGCACACUGCUAGUGCUGCUUCUACUGUCACAGUUCCUGCUACACACACACACACACACACACACACUCCUCAGAUUGAUGUUAAACCUGCAUCCCGAGCUUCUGACUCCUCGACAGAGGGGCUGAACUUGUUUUGGAGCCCCAUGUUAACCUAAGCGGGCGGCCUGUUGUUUUUGAAGUGCUCUUUGAAUUCCAACCACUCAGGCUGUGCUGUGUAGCUAACCGCAUGCUCUCCCGCACCGAAUCGCUAAACAGCAGCACGUAGGUGUGCUUUGAUUUCAAACCAGGGUGGUCCAAACGGGCCGCUCUCCAUUCAUAAAGUGCUCUUUCUCGUAGCAGGAGCAGCGCGACCGGGCGCGUCGCUUUAGCUCAUCGAGCGCUUCCCUUCGUCUCCGCGAGCCCCGGCCUCCGCCAACGCCCAGUUCAGAGGACUUUUUUCCUUUGGUCAGUGCAUAGGAGGAGAUUCCAAAGUGAAGGAAUGAAAAGAGAAUGUGGUGAUUUAAUCUGGUUGCUCUUAGUUUUACUCUGUAUUGUGUUUUUUUUUUUUUUUUUUUGGGGUUCAUUCCAAACUUUUUGAGCUUUUGUCCGAAAAUCCCUUCAGUGUAAAUAUGAAAAUGUUAUCAUCCGUCAAGUGGCUUUGUUAAGAUUACUGCCUGGGCAACUGAUGUGUUAUCGAGCAUCGUGCUCGACUGUGUGGAUGCUUGUGUGGAUGCGUGCGUUUCUUUGGGGGAAGAUAAUGAAACCUUGUUGGACAUCAUGCUUCCUUGUCUGUAAUCACAAUCUUUUCUUUCUUAAUUUAAUUAUUUUCCACCUCUUCGACAUUCAUAAAUAAUCUUUACAACUUUUGCUUUUCCCUUUUUAUUUUUUUAUUUUACAUUUGACCUCACGGACCAAUCAAAUCACCUGUUUUCUUAUUUAUUGUGUUUUUGGGGGACGGUAGUGGGUUCAUCAUGAAAUGAGUGAAAAUCUUCAGAUAAUAUAUAAGAGGAAAGUUAUUAGUUCAAGUUGUUGGUUGAUCACAGUGAGCCCUUUUUGUUGCUGUUUUCAUUCCAAAGCAUCUAUUAUUAGCAAUUUGCUAUCACAAAUAUAUAUAUAUAUAUCUCCUCCCGGUUAUUAGGCGUUAUGUGUUUAUCAGUCUUUUCGAUGUGUAUGUUUUGUUUCUUUCUCCCUUUCGCUUCUGUUUUUCAUUUUGUUCAAAUUCCAACUCGAGGGGCCAGUAAACCUAAGUAAGAAAAAAGAAAUACUAAAAAAAUUCUGACAGUAUCAUAGUAUAAUGGAAGAGGAUUGCAAAUCCACACGUCAGCAGUGUUUACUGCACCAAAUUACAUCAUACUGAUAUGAAUGUAUAUUUCAAUGCAAAAACAAAUUAAAAUACCAUCUGAUUUGAGGCAGAUAUUUUUGUGUUGUCUUUAUUUUGAAGGAUUCAAAGUGACUUACUAAAGAUUAUUUCCUGAAUGUAUUUAAAAAUAAAAAUGGAUUAUAUUUGUAGUAAGUCAGAAGUUCAAGAUUACUGCAUUUCACAUUGCGUUGCUCUAAUUUGUACAUUUUGUUUACGUGAAAUACAAAUGAAAGUACUCGUGAAUCACAAUGAGUUACAGCUUUAUUUAAAAGUUGGACCAACAUCAGUUUGACCGUGAUCCUUUUCCUCGGAUCACAUUACAUUUCCCCUCCAGAGCACAGAUGUUGAACACAGGACUGUAGCACAUCAUAUGUUCUAUACAAAACGACAUUUUUUAAAAAGUGUAGGAAAAAAAUAAAGACCUCAGCUCAUCCCCCUCGACUCUCAUUUUCCGGUGGCCAUAAAACCUAAAACUCUAGCUUCAGGAUGUGUGUUGCAGUGGCACUUAGUCGAGGCAGAGAGUGGAACUGGGGGACAGUGAAGGGGACACAAACGAGGACUAUGUAGAGGUUUGUAAGAGUGUCUGUUUGAGCGUAAAAAGACUUUUUUUUAAGUGUGAAAAACAAGCAAGUAGUGACCCCCCCCACCUAUAUGUGAACAUCGGCGCCACAGAUUCCACCUGCAUGGAGCGCGUGCAGUGAUGACGCCAACGCACCGGAGAGGAACCGACGUGUCCAGGCGCUGCCAUUCAUCUUGUUUUUGGAAUCUCCAGCACGUCUGCUUCCGUUCUUAAUGCAAAUUCACUGCCCGUGUUUUCAGGGAGGAAUACAGAUUUUUUUUAUUUUUUUUUAUUUAAAAGUGGCCACGAUGGGUCGGUUACCAUUACUGCACACUCGCGACCGGAGCCUGAUUUGCUGCGUGGUGACAUCUGGUUUGAUGUUACCACGGGAACCGGGGGCCAGAAAGGCACUUCAAAGUGUGGAUGUUCUUCUUAGAAUUCCAUGCGUAAGCCCUAAAAAAUGAACAAGAUCAGCCGUAAAGCUUUGAGUCCUCCAAAUGGCCAAAGGGGAAU